GAGCGCCAGCGGCAGGGCGCUUCCGGUGAAAAGCAUCUCCCGGGGAAGUGGGAGUGGGGGGGAGGGUGCAGACUGACCUCACUCACCGGAAGUACGUGAGGGCUGGUGGGGGAGGAGCGGGGAGGAGCGGGGAGGGCGCUGAGCGAACCGACCUCACUCGCCGGAAGUUGGCGCUGACUCUCAGGAAGCAGCGGCGGGGUGCGAGAGGCGAGCUGACUGGAGGGGACGGUCAGGUUGUUGUUGCGAUGCGAUGCACCAUGUGCGAGGACUGGAGCACCGUGGCGGAGAUCUUCCUCUUCUUGGAAGGUUUCAGCGCUGAAGCGGAGCAGAUCCGGUGCUUUUGCAGCAGGGCCUUUGUACAUGAUCGAGAGCUUUAUCGAAUGGGAUUAAAGGGAACAUUUCAUACCAAAGAAGAUAAUGGAGAUAUUGUAGAAAAGUGUGAAGAGGAGUCAAAUAUUGAUGAUGAAUCCAAUGUUAAUGCCUCAGAGGUGCAAGAAGAAAAUGAAUUAGAUAGUGAGACAGAGUUGAUGGCAAAUAUGGGACUACCCCUGCAAUUUGGCAGUUCAUCAAAUUAUUGGCAACCAAUGUCCUGCAAUAUUUCAAAGAAAAGAUUCAAAAAGAAAAAGACGAAUCGCAAAAACAUUGAAGAUCUGCCUAAAAUUUGUAAAGAACAUCCAGACACUAUUUUGAAUCACCUUUCUGAUGUCACUGACUUGGGACUGAUUGAACAGCAAAAAGAUUUUGAAAUAGAAUGUAAUGACCUGAAUCAUUCAUGUACAGGAGCAACAGACUCUGAGCUGGAAUCCAAAACAGACUGGGAAUUGUAUUGGAAUCAGUAUGGUGAGGGUAUAGUUUGGGAAAAUUGGCUGGGAAAACAUUCCGAAUGGUCAGAAGAGACACCUGCACCAUGGAACUGUCCCAGUAUGAAAGAUCAAUGGCAAGAGUUUUACACUGAACAAUAUUGGUUAUAUUACGAACAGUUUCAUUACUGGAUAGCUCAAGGAUGGUCUGUGGACCUUACUAAAGGUAGUGACCUUGAGAAGGAUUCAUCUGGUACAAAUACAUAUGAAUCAGAAGAAUUCCUCGGUAAUACUGACAAUAUUGCCUGUGAAAACAUCAAUAAUGUACUGCCAAUGGAGUCAGUCAUUGCAUCAAAUCCAAAAAGCACACUUGAGUGUAAGGAAAUUGGUUGUGAAGAGGUUGUCAGUAUGAUGAAUAAUAUAAAGCUCAAUUCAGGAAGCAAAGUUGAGCAAUCCACAGAUGUGGAAGACAAUAUCUACUGCUGUCCUGCUAAUGCUGCAGGUUCUUGUGAGUGUGCUUCCGAGGAGAAAGAACCAGCUGCAGAAGGAGGUAACAGCAAAACGUGUACAUCAAGUGGAAGAGACUCCACGUUUCAGUCAGCAGAACCUCCUAACACUUCGAGCAAAGCAUUAAAAAACAGUGUUGCAGUAGGAAUGAAUCAAAGUAGUGAAGAUGAGGAGGAUGAUUCAUCAAAACCUAGACCAGUAAAGGUGAAAAGAAGUCAUGAACUUGAUGCUGAAGAGUAUCCAACUGUGGCAGUGGAAGAUGCCUAUUCAGCUCUUGGCUUCAAGCACCAUACCAGCCAAAACACUUCAAAAUUUACUCAUGGACAUGCACUCUAUCGUAAGGAUGUUGAGCAGCGAUUUAGGAAUCUUGAUAUGCAUAGACCAGUGGUUACCAAAAAGAAGCAUAUAUUCUUUGGUGAAGAAGGGGAAAUUCUGAAUUUUAAGAAGAGCAGAACCUUAGCAAAGGUGCAAAGAUUUCUAAAACAAGUCGAGCCAUCAAAUGAUUCUGUUAACCUGGACAUUUCAUCCUGUGUGCCACACAGUUCUAAGGAAUGCAGUAGCAUGGAACAACCAUGCAGUUCCAUUGCAAAUUGCUCCUCAGUGUGUGAAAAUAGCAACAGUGAAAAUGAGAUUGAAGAAACCUCUGUUGAUGGACAGUUUCAAGCUUGUAUCCAUAUACCCUCAAAACUGAAUAUCUGCAAGGAAGGCAACAAAGAACAGCUGAAGGAAAUAUAUGAUGGGGCCCCUACUCCUGCUGAAUAUUCUGAAUUGUAUUCUGAUAGACAGCUUGUUCCUUUGGACAUUCCAGACUUUCUUCUUCCUGAUCCUGAUGUAACAGAGAAGACUGAUCAAUGUACAUCUCAAACUGAAGAGUUGAACCAAGUGCAAAAGCUGAAGAAUCUUAAGAAGAACAAAAAAAGAAAGAAGAAGAAAUUUUGGGUUGCACCGUCUGACGUAGUAGCUGUUCCAGAAUUGGCCAAAUACUGGGCCCAACGUUACAGAUUAUUUUCGCGUUUUGAUGAGGGAGUCAAACUUGACCAGGAAGGUUGGUUUUCAGUCACUCCUGAGAAGAUUGCUGAACACAUUGCCAAACGUGUCACGCAGAGUUUCCAUUGUGAUAUUAUUGUCGAUGCAUUUUGUGGAGUUGGGGGCAAUUCAAUUCAGUUUGCAUUGACAGGGAAAAGAGUGAUUGCUGUUGACAUUGAUCCAGUGAAAAUAGAUCUUGCACAAAACAAUGCUCGAGUCUACGGUGUGGCUGAACAGAUAGAGUUUAUCCUUGGUGACUUCAUGCUGCUGGCUUCUGACCUAAAGGCUGAUGCUGUAUUCCUCAGCCCUCCAUGGGGCGGCCCUGAUUAUGUCAACGCAGAAAUCUUCGAUCUGAAGACAAUGAUUUCCCUGGAUGGCUUUGAAAUUUUUACUCUCUCCCAGAAGAUUACACCAAAUAUUGUUUAUUUCUUACCACGAAAUGCUGACAUAGAACAGGUGGCAUCCUUAGCUGGACCAGGAGGACGAGUGGAAAUAGAACAGAAUUUUCUCAAUAACAAACUGAAGACCAUCACGGCUUAUUUUGGUGACUUAAUCCGGGAUGAAUAGAUCAAGGUCGCACGAUCUAUUUAUAAAUCUAAUAAAACCUUUAUCUAAUGGUGUGCAAUAUUCAUUGCAGUGAUCAACCAUACUAUCUGUGAAUUUUUUUUUAUUCAGUAGUCUUCAUAAACCAUGGGUUAGACUGAUUGUCUAGCAAUUGAUUAACCUUUUCCUUUUUGAAGAAUGGUGGCAUAUUGGCAUUUCUCAAGUCGUCAGUCAUCUUUUCUCUAGCCAGAGAUUGAAUUAUACUCCCUUAUAGGCUGUUAAAGAUGUACUUCAGGCAUACUAAUUCAUUUACUUUGAAGGUACUAAAUCUCUUAUUUUCUCUCAUUUCUCUCAACUACCUUAAGUACAGUGGGUGUACUGUUUUUUUACUCAUGAAGAAACAAGUCUACCUCUUCUGCCUCCUAUCUACAGUUUACUUUUUUACCAAAUCUAAAAGGCUUAAUUAUCCUCUUUGCUCAUUAUAUAGUUAUAAAACAUCUCUGUGGUUUCCUUCAUUUUAUUUGUCAACAGUUUAUGGUCUGUCGCUCUACCUUGUUUUUAAUUUCAUUCCUGUACUUUUAUGCAGCUCUAAGCCUUUUUACGUUUCAAACUCUCAGUAUUUGACAUAAGCUUUCCAUUUUUCCCCUUAUCCUCCCUCUAGACUCCUUGACAUUGGUGGUGAGGCUCUAAUUCUGGUUUGGAAUCUCACCCUUGUACAAUGUGAGAAUAUUUUUACUCUUACAUGGGAUUAAUGUCUUCUGACUUCAGGCAUUUGGGAGAACUUUAAGAAUUUGGACACUCCUUACCAUCUAUAUUUUAUCCAAUACUGAGCAAUUAAAAACUUGCUCUAAGUUGUUUUCUUCUUUCUCCCUCUGAUUAAAGAUCCAUAGUACACUCCUAACAAUGUGAUUACAGUGUUUUAUUCCUCAUUUCUACAUGGCAUCAUUUGUUGAUUCUUGCAGGGAUAUCACCUGUCCUCACUACUGUAAUUAUUUCUUCAACUGACAUUUUGACUCCUUCCCAAUCACUAGAUCCUAUCUUGGCAGGAACCCUGUCAACCAGAAUGUUUUGUGACAUGCUUCAAUAACAACAACAACAAUGUAAUUCUAUUAAAAAAAAGAAUCUUUCUA